AUGACUACCGUUCUGCUACUCCGCGUCAUCACCAGCUUUCGCAAAUGCUGGCGCUAUGAACUUGGGAACGUACCAUUACAGGAAAACAAAGUCGUCUCUUCAGAAAGGGAAGCGUCGCAACUGGCCGUGGCUAGCCCGUGUCCAGGAAGCAAUUGGACCUUCGAUAGCAUACAUAGUGCAAACAUCCUGAACCUUACCAUCAGACUGUUCCAGGGUAUUAUUAUUAAUUUUAUUGCACUAGUUAGUUACGUCGUUGAUGUUGUUGGUGCCACUCAGGAUUUUUGCAAGGUAGAUAUCGGGAUUCAGGAACAGCAGAAGUUGGCAAGCCGAGAGGAAAUGCGGCUCGCGCUCGCACCGACAGCCAAUCCGAAGUCAGAGGCCAACGUCACCAAAUACGAACACACCUGGAGUCACCAACUCACCAAGCCCUAA